AUGAUAUCAAACAACGUGAUUGAUGAAUUAUUUCUGAUAGGUUUACCACCUAAUACGACAGUGGGAGGAGCAGUGUACACGAGAUGGGGAAGAACUAAGUGUGGUGCUUCUUCUAAACUUCUUUAUGAAGGUUAUACUGCUGGUUCCUGGUAUGAACAUAAAGGUGGCGCUAGCAACUACAUCUGUCUCCCUCACGACCCACAGUGGGGCAAUUAUCAAGAUGGGUUCCAAAAUUCUGGCACAAAAAUUUACGGCACAGAGUACGAAAUGGGACACUAUUCCAAUGAUCCUUUCCAGAGGAUCAAUUUUGGAGGCAAGAAUUUCAAGGACCAUGAUGCUCCAUGUGCUGUUUGUUACACCCAAGGCCGCACCAGUCAUGUUAUGAUACCAGCUUGGAAGACAUGUCCUGCCGGGUGGACGCGAGAAUAUCAUGGCUACUUGGUUGCACAACAAAAUUCACAAUAUAGAACUGAAUUUGUCUGUCUUGAUGAGGCUCCAGAAGUAGUUGCAGGUGGUGUGGCUAACAAAAAUGGUGCUCUUUUCUAUGUGUCAGAAGCUUACUGUGGUCAUUCUCUCCCGUGUCCAAAAUAUGUUCAUGGAAGGGAGCUUACCUGUGUUGUGUGUUCCAAGUAA